ACAGCAACGAUCACCCCCCUCAACUGCCACCCCCGUGUGCCUCCACAUCUCUCCAUCUCCAGCCUUUUUUUUUUUUUUUCGCACCGUUUAGCUCGUUGCUUUGUAGCUCGGUGAUUUCAGUUAUCUGUGGGCAAACCACUGCUCUUGCCUUUCGGAGAAGGAGCAUCAGGGGCAAGAGAAGAGGCUGAGCCAUCACCGCGACCGAUAGGAUCCCCGGUCGGGUCCCGCUUGGGACGAUUAUCCGCGCAUCCGAUAAAAACUGGAGGUGGGAGAAACGAGGCGAGAUGACUGUACAGUAACCCACCUUAAGGAGAGAGAGAGAGACCCCGGCCCCCGGUUAUCACCGAGUCUCCAGCAUCACCAAUGCGAUGGCAUAGCGGCUUCUGCAGCAAAACGAACAGGCUCGACUCAGAUCAGCAGGGCUCUCAUCCACCAUGACCCUCUGAAAGACAUCCGACACAGGCACAGAUGGGAUGAAAAUGCGGCGGCACAGGGUGUUCUUGCUGUGCACGGUGGGCCUGUGUGUCAUCUCCUUCCUCCACUAUUACAAGGCCCUUCAUUACGUCUCCCUGCUGCGUGAGCUCUCGGCUCCAUACCCCAACAUCAAGUCCUUCAUCAUGGUGACCGGCUUCUUCUGGAGGGAGAAGGGUAUGGCCGCCACCCCGCUCAGCCCCGCGUCUCCCGAAGAGGCCCCUCCACUACCUGGUCUCCAACAAUCAGACACCAAAGCCGGAGGUGUGGUGGGUCUCGGGGGAGGAGGGGGAGGGGAAGGGUUUGGCCCAGGGAUUCCGGAUGUGAUGAGGCAGAGGGAGGAGCCAGCACCCCCACACCCCUGGGAAAAACCAAAGGAAAACCAGCUGAGAGACGCAGCAAAUGAGAUGAGAGCUGAGGACCGUUUGAGGCCACAGAAUCCCGUCCACUCUGCACAGUCUGACAGGCUAGACCGUCCACAGCAACCAGCAGGAAAAGAGCAUCAAUAUAAGGACCCCUUAGAAUUUAUGGGAGACCUUCAUACCCGCACUUACCAGCUUCAAGAUGACAAAACACCUUAUUUUGUCCGCACCAAAGCUGGAGCCCUUUGCUUCAGGCAGGGGACAGAGGUAGCUACCCCAAAAGAGUACUCUGCAAAAUCAGGGGGGUCUGUGGCUAACGGGGCAGUUGGUCGGGCUAGUGCUCCUGGGCAACGGAAACCUCUGGAGCUUCAUCAGCAGCCCACCAUAGUGCCAAAGGUCAAAGCUCGGGCCAAGGGCAACGGGAAGCGGCUGGUCAAGUGUGUUUGUCGGCCUGGGUGGCAUGGACCUUACUGCGGGGUUCCCACAAUAGUGUACCACUCCAAUCUGCCAACUAAGGAGCGGCUGACUCCCAGAGAAACCCCGCGGAGGGUGAUCAACGCCAUCAACGUCAACCAUGAGUUUGACCUGCUGCAUGCACGCUUUCACGAGCUCGACGAGGCCGUGGACUUGUUCCUCGUCUGUGAAUCGAACUUCACCGCCUACGGAGAGAAACGGCCUCUCAGUUUCCUGCGGCUCCUUCUGAACGGAACCUACGACUACGUGAAACACAAGAUCCUGUACGUGUUCCUCGACCAUUUUCCAGAGGGAGGGCGGCAGGACGGCUGGAUUGCCGAUGACUACCUGCGUACGUUCCUGACACGCAAUGGCAUGUCCAGGGUGGUUGGCGCCAGAUCGGAUGAUGUUUUCGUCAUCAACGAUGCCGACGAGAUCCCAGCACACGAGGGCCUCCUUUUCCUCAAGCUGUUUGAUGGAUGGACAGAGCCUUUUGCCAUCCACAUGCGCAAGUCGUUGUAUGGCUUUUUCUGGAAGCAGUUUGGGUCUCUAGAGGUGGUUUCAGGCUGCACGUUGAGGAUGCUCCGUGACGUGUACGACGGCGACGGCAUCAAACUGCGCCGUCGCGAAUAUUACACCAUGCCGGGUUUCCGCAAAUACGAGAACGACACCGGCCACAUCCUGGUGCAGUGGUCGGUCGGCAGCCCCUUCCACUUUGCAGGGUGGCACUGCUCCUGGUGCUUCACACCCGAGGGGAUCUACUUCAAGCUGGUGUCAGCGCAGAACGGAGACUUCCCGCGGUGGGGCGACUACGAGGACAAACGUGAUCUCAGCUACAUCCGCGAUCUCAUCCGGACAGGCGGCUGGUUCGAUGGCUCCCUGCAGGAGUAUCCCCCAGUGGACCCCAAAGAGCACAUGUACGCCCCCAAGUACAUGCUGGAGAACUACGACAGGUAUCGCUACCUCUUGGAGAACCCUUACAGAAAAGAGUCCAGACUGAGUGAAGGCUAGGUGUCAGUUGGCAAAAAAAAAAAAUAAAUAAAAAUA